UAGAUAGCUAAAGGAAGUGUUUCCAUGGACAAAAUUUUGGAAUAAAUCCUCUUGGCCUCUUCUUGUCUUCCUACUCAUUACAGCACUAGACAACCACAAACGGUCAAAACAACCAUACAAAGACAAUAACAUUCCAAAAUUAAUCAUCAUGAUUAGUAAUUCUAAGCCAUUUUCAAUCAUUUUCUCAUUUGUUGGUUUCUUGUUUCUUGCUUCUAUAUUUGGUACUGUCAUCUCAGAUUCAACUAUGCAAGACACAAAGCAUCACUUGCUGACAAACCAAACUUUUAAACCAAAGCAAGAGUUGCUUAAACUUAAGAGAUUAAGGACUUAUCUCAGGAAGUUCAACAAGCCUGCAGUCAAGACAAUUCAGAGUUCAGAUGGAGAUCUAAUAGAUUGUGUAUUAUCUCAUCUUCAACCAGCUUUCGAUCAUCCUCACCUCAAAGGAAUGAAGCCAUUGGAACCUCCAACGAGGCCUAAAGCGAAUGAAUCGACAAAUGCAAUGAAAGAAAUUAGGAGCUAUCAGUUGUGGACAGUUUCAGGAGAAUCAUGCCCAGAAGGGACAAUUCCAAUUAGAAGAACUACAGAGAAAGAUGUUAUGAGAGCUAGUACUUUCCAAAGAUUUGGAAGAAAAACUAUAACAAGUGUAAGGCGCGACACAAUGAGCAACGAUCAUGAGCAUGCAAUAGCAUUUGUGAAUAGUGAAGAAUAUUAUGGAGCAAAGGCUAGUAUUAGUGUAUGGACACCAAAGGUAACAGACCAAUAUGAAUUCAGUCUGUCACAACUAUGGAUCAUUUCUGGCACUUUUGGUGAUGAUCUUAAUACCAUUGAAGCUGGCUGGCAGGUGAGUCCAGAACUAUAUGGAGACAUUUAUCCUAGGUUCUUCACAUAUUGGACGAGUGAUGCAUACCAAACCACUGGAUGCUACAAUUUACUGUGUUCAGGUUUUAUGCAAACAAACAACAGGAUUGCUAUGGGGGCUGCAAUAUCUCCAACAUCAUCACCUGAUGGUAGUCAAUUGGAUAUUGGCAUUAUGAUAUGGAAGGACCCAAAGCAUGGAAAUUGGUGGCUAGAAUUGGGGUCAGGGGAAUUAGUAGGGUACUGGCCAUCAUUCUUGUUCAGCCAUUUGCAAGAACAUGCAAGCAUGAUACAAUUUGGAGGAGAAAUAGUGAACUCAAGAUCAUCAAUGCAAGGAUUUCACACUUCAACACAAAUGGGAAGUGGUCAUUUUGCAUAUGAAGGCUAUGGCAAGGCAUCCUAUUUUAGAAACUUGCAAUUGGUUGAUUGGGACAAUAAUUUGGUCCCUUUAUCAAAUCUUCAUCUUUUAGCUGACCACCCCAAUUGCUAUGACAUUAAAGCUGGAAAAAAUAAUGUUUGGGGUGAUUAUUUUUACUAUGGUGGUCCUGGUAGGAAUUCAAAUUGUCCAUAAAGAAAAUGCUAUUUCAACAUUUUCUUGGUCCUGUACAUAUCAUGUAUUAUUUCUGUUUGUCAUAUUUUAUUACUAUAUUUUUAGAAGAAUGAAUUGGUUUUGCUCAUAACUAGUUUACUCACUAUUAUCUACAGCCAUGCAAUUUUUUGAUAAUAUACAAAA